AUGUCUGAGUCAAAUGUGUUUCCAGAUCAACCAAGGAACACCACAGUCUCCAUUAGUCCCUCUGAUGCAAUAGUGGAGAGCAAUUUAGUGAUGCUCACAUGUAGCAGUGAUGCCAACCCACCAGUUCACACAUACACCUGGUAUAAAAAUGGAACUGGAGCUGUAAGUUUAGGACAGAACUACACCAUCACCAACAUCAGCUCUGAGGACAGUGGACAGUACUACUGCAAAGCUGGGAAUGAGGUUGGAGAGAGAAUCUCUACUGAGACACACCUCAAUGUCAAAUAUAAGCCAAGGAACACUAGCAUCUUCAUCAGUCCCUCUGGUGACAUAGUGGAGGGCAGUUCAGUGGCUCUGACCUGCCACAGUGAUGCCAGCCCACCAGUACACACAUACACCUGGUAUAAGAAUGGAACUGGAGCUGUAAGUUUAGGACAGAACUACACCAUCACCAACAUCAGCUCUGAGUUCAGUGGACAGUACUACUGUAGAGCUGAGAACGAAAUUGGAGAUAACAACUCCACUGUAAUGUUCCUGAAUGUUAAAUAUCCCCCAAAGAGCCCUACAGUCUCCAUCAGUCCCUCUGGUGAAAUAGUGGAGGGCAGUUCAGUGACUCUGACCUGCAGCAGUGAUGCCAACCCACCAGUUCACACAUUCACCUGGUAUAAAAAGAAUGGAGCUGAAGUUACUUUCAAAGUGAAGAACAAAACAGAUUAUACAGCAGUUGGAGUCACUGUUGCUGUUGUCAGUGUGUUUUGGGCUGUCAUUAUUGUCCUAGUCAUUGUGACAAUGAGAAAGAGGAAUCCCACACCAACUAAAGACCUCAGGAGUGGAGAGAGUAGAAGACCGACUCAGGAGUCAGUGUAUGAGAACAUUGUCUUUUACAAGAGAAACUGA